UGCGGCGCUUCUGGCUCAAAGCGCCUCGAAUAAAAAUAGAUGGGCCGGACGGAAAUUAAAUACGCGUGCGGCGCUUGUAGACAAAAAGCGCCUCCAAAGUCCAAAUUAAUCCACAUAACCGCCCAUCGCCCACAACUCUACCCUGCCCAUCGAUCGCCCACAACUCUAUUGCGCGAUCGAGAUCUGAACCAGCCGCGGCCGUCGCCCACAACCGACGAUUGAGAAUCGACUGAACCGCCGUCGAGUGCUGUCCGCGCUGCUGCUGUCCGCGCCGCUGCUGUAGAUUCCCUUCCCGACCGCUCUCGGUGCUCUCUGUUGCCGCCGCCGUCUGCUCCCGCUAGUUGUGAACUUCUCCAGCUCGCCUUCAAGUAAUUCUGCUGCUCGCCUCUACAGUCUACAUAGAUGUCUACGCAAGGUUUACCUUCUGGCUCUAAUGGUGGCAGUGAUGAAAGCCUACCAUCUUCAGAGAAAAAGAGAAAAGGCUCGGAGGUUUGGGGUCAUAUGGUGAAAAUAACAAAAAAAGUGGGAGAUAAAGAUAUACUCGAGGCGGCAACUUGUAACUAUUGCAAAAAAAGGCUCAAGGCAUCACCAGAUGGAAAUGGUACUUCAGCCCUAUUGAGACACCUUCAAAAGCAUUGUCCAAAAGCUUCACUAGAGGCGAAACAAAUUGGGAAAGGGCAACAACUUCUCACGCUUGGCACAGAAGGUUCGCCUAAACCUUAUUCAUACAACAAAGAGGUAUGUGAUUUUGAAUGUGUGAGGAUGAUACUCGAGGAUGAGUUGCCUUUUUCUCAUGUUGAAGGAAGAGGGUUUAGGAGAUUUUGUCUCUCUUUGAAUCCUAAGUGGAAGCCUAUGAAUAGGAAAGGUGUGUGGGAUUUGUUUCACAUAGAAAAGACUAAGAUUAUGUCUAUGAUAUCAGAUAAUAAUCUUAGAGUUUCUAUUACCACCGAUACUUGGACUUCUAUUCAGAAUAUAAAUUAUAUGGUUCUCACUGGACACUUUAUUGAUCAAGAUUGGAAUUUGCAUAAACGAAUUCUGAACUUUACUCAAAUUGUAAGCCAUAAGGGUGAUGACAUUGGGAGGGCUGUAGAGGAAUGUUUAAAUUCACGGGGAAUUAAAAAGAUUUUCACAAUAACCGUAGACAAUGCAUCAGCUAAUGACACUGCAGUCGGUUAUAUGACAAAGAGAAUGAGGUCGUUGAACACUUUGCUACUUGAUGGUAAUUAUUUGCAUGUUAGGUGUUGCUGUCACAUACUUAAUCUUGUUGUGCAAGAUGGGCUUACAGAACUGAAUAAGGUUGUUGUUAGCAUUCGUAAUGCGAUUAAGUUUAUUAAAUCUUCUCCAUUGAGGUUAGAAAACUUUAGAAAGUUUGCAGUUCUUGAAGGGUUUGAUAAGACAGCAAAUGUUUGUAUGGAUGUGUGCACUAGGUGGAAUUCAACUUAUAAGAUGCUAGAUAGAGGGUUAAAAUUCUCUAAAGUUUUUGAUAGGAUGGCAGAAGAACAUAAGCCUUAUAGUGAUUGGUUUUUUGAGAAAGAUAAAAAUGGAGUUUAUUUGAGGGAGGGACCUCCAGUAGCAGAAGACUGGGAACGUGCCAAGGCUUUUGUCUACUUCUUAAAGAAGUUUUAUGAUGCCACUUUGAGGUUGAGUGCUUUUAAGAACCCUACAUCUCAUAUUGUGUUUGAGGAGAUGGUUACAAUUCAAGUUGAAAUUCAAAAAUUGAUGAAUGAUCACAAUAAUCCCCCGUUAAGAAGGGUGCAGUGGCAGCUUCAAUGUUAUUUAAGUUUGAUAAAUAUUGGGGUUCUUUUGAGAAAGUGAAUCCUUUAUUUGUGAUUGCUAAUGUUCUUGAUCCUAGAUGGAAACUUGGAUACCAAAAAGUUCUUUUUGAAAAAUGUGGAGUACCAAAGGCCAACAUUGAAAACAUUACAACCGAAGUGAAGCAGAUUUUAAUGCAAUUUUAUGAAGCAUACAAAUGCUUUGAGCCCCUGGUACCCCAUAGUAGUGCUACUGAACGGCCUGAUGAUGUUAACGUGGGACAGUAUGAGAACUAUGAUACUAGAGCUGCAAUGAGGGCUGCUUAUUUGCACCAACAACAAGCUGACCAAAUCUUUCAAAUCAAUAAUGAGGUUGAUGCUUACUUAUGUGAUCCAUGUGAGGGCAGCUGUAACCAGUCCUUCAAUUUGCUCUUGUGGUGGAAAGUAAAUGCAGAAAAGUACCCAAAUUUGGCAAAGGUAGCUAAAGAUGUAUUAGCAAUGCCUUGUUCCACUGUUUCUUCUGAAAAUGCAUUUAGUUUGGGAGAAAGAAUAGUGAAUCCAUUUAGAACAUCUUUGACUCCGAAGAUGGUAGAGGCCCUUGUGUGUACAAGUGAUUGGAUCAGGGCUGAAGGCUUCAACUUCUACAAAGAGCCUACCGAAGAAGAAGUGGAAUUUUACAAAGAAUGUGAAGAAACAGAAAAUGAUCCAAAAGGUGUGGCUUGAAGUUCAAACUGAGUUGCUGAUAGAGAGCAGGGGGAGUGUUCAAAACAGUUGCAGUAGCAUAAGCACCUAGCAGACAGCUACAAGGAGCACACUCAUCAAGCUCAAGGCCACUUUUUAUAUUUUGUCAGCUUUACUAUUUUCUUAUUUUGCUUUCAGGGGGAGUGUUCAAAACAGUUGCAGUAGCAUAAGCACCUAGCAGACAGCUACAAGGAGCACACUCAUCAAGCUCAAGGCCACUUUUUAUAUUUUGUCAGCUUUACUAUUUUCUUAUUUUGCUUUCGAACCAAUUGUUAUUCUACAACAUUUUUUAUCGUUUGGUUUUUAGACUCAAGAUAUUCUGCUUUGGUUUUGAUGUAUGUUUUUUUUAAUUUAAAGUUUAGAUAUUUGCAAUGUUUUUUGUGAAUUGAUUUCAAUUUUUUUUAGAUUUCUCAGUUUCGAAAUUAGAUUAUGGCACC